CAUUGGACGUGACAGGCCUUCUUCACGGCUUUACCAUCAUCGGGGUUUUCUUCGCGGCACGAACAGGUGGAAGCGCAGCUCAUGAUCUGCGAGGCAUGCAAGAAGCUGUGAGCGUUUGCUGGCAUCCGCACAAUAGUUUCCAUUUGUUGGGAGCGGAAGUAGUCUGGCAAGGUGAGAUUGUGAGCACCUUCGCGAUACAAUUCGAGGCCAUCCGCACGAGCGCUCGAGCCUGCUACAUCUUCUGCCGAGCCUUGCUCUUCUCCAGUGCCGUGCUCUUCUCCUCCAGUGCGCUUUUUGUCGGAUGUCGCCAGCGAUUGCACGCUCGCGGAGGAAACAGCGGGGCCAAUGAAGGGAGUGUUGCAAGCGAGGGCGAGCGUCGCAAGCCCUUCAACGAGUCCUCACACUCGCAGCCCCGGGUCACAAGCGGCACCAGGCUUUCCUGGAAGUGGAGCUCGCAACUGGCUUCACACCCGGGAGCACAAGAGAUUCAGGCCAUGUCUCCACCCUUGCAUGAAGGGUGCACGCUUUUCUAUGCUGAUCCGUGGCGGGCUGCACCAGUCGUCAUUUCCGGGCCCUGUCGAAUCGUGAAUUCCUUAAGGGGCUACCAUCGAGGCUGGUGCAACACUUCCUUUGGUUCUUGGUUCGGUGGCUAAACGUUGGAACCAUCUAUCCAUGCCUCUGCUGCACCUUAAGCUCGCGGCGUUUGUGCCUCCUGCGAUUCCAAAUGUGAAGCUCGUGAUUUGUGCCUGUGUCCCGCAGUCGAUCACUUCGUUUCCUUACCAAACGGCAAGAGGGCUUCGCUUAUCACUGCACACGAUAAAACUCCAGCAGUACUAGCAAGCUGAGACCCUUGAAUGCUCGUACCCUUCACGUGGUGUCGCUGAAUGCACCUUAGCGAUGGUUGU